UCGAACAGUGCUCGUUCACGUUACCAAAAGCAGCUACUAUUGUUCUCAACCAAUGUGUUUGUUAUACAAAGAGUGUAAUUUUGGUAGAGUAUAUGAAAAAAAAAUAACUUCUCAUAAUAAACUGCAGUGAAUCAGUACAAGAAUAAUUAUUUUUCAGCAAUACUCAACAAAAGUACCCUAAGUGGUGCAUUUAAAAAAAAAAAAAACUCAAAAGCAGAAGUUCAGAGCAGUGCAGACCACGUGAAGCAGCAACAUCUAACAAUUUCACACUUAACUCCAGACUGAAUAUGUCUUAUUACGGAAAUAUGAACAUUCUUGGGACACAUGGGAUGGGUGAAGAUGAAGAGGAGAUGACUAUCUAUGCUAAUGCAGAUGCUCAUGAUGCAAGGACAGAAAAAGAGAACUCGGACACCAAAAGACACCAAACACCUCGACACACAGGAAGCUUCAGAGCAGCUGCAGUGUGUUUGGUGCUGCUGUGUGUUCUUCUGAUGACUGCAGUCAUAGUGCUAUGUGUCCACAUCCAUACAAAGAACACAAACCAGACACUAACCAGGAGUACCAACCUCACAGAAGAGAGAGACCAGCUACUAACCACAAUCAAUGCUCUUAAAGACCAAUUAGCAAUCAAUAACCAAAACUUUACAGCUGAAAAGAACGAAUUAUUAUCCAAAAAUGAGAAUUUAAUGAAACAAAUUGAACAGUUAAAUAAAGAGAACAAUGACCUGCGGAAACGUCUUGGUGAAAUGGAUCAGUCCUGUCUUUACUAUUUUUCUUCUGAGAGGAAGAGCUGGACUGAAAGCAGAAAAUACUGUAGAGAGACAGGAGCAGAUCUGAUCAUCAUAAACAACAGAGAGGAACAAGUAUCUGAGGUUAUUUCUGAGAGUGUGAGCAGGACUGAGCUUCAGGACAUGGACAGAGAGAUGGUGGAGAUGAUGCUGGAUAUCUGUGACAGUAUGAGAGAUCAUGACUUCAAGACCAAGACAAACACACACCAGCUGCUUCAGAAUGACUGUCAAAAAGUGGCUAAAUUCCCUGAAUCGAGCAGCUGGGACAUCUUCUCUGUAGCUCUGCUGUCAGCUGCUGAAGAGUCAGAGACUCUAAAUGAAUCCUGUCUUUACAUGGCAGUUAAUAAGGACUUCAGAGCCACACGACACCCCAGAGAGCAGCCUGUCCAGCUUGCUUCAGCAGCCCGCUACACCCAACCCCUGCCAACCAUAUCUGACUGA